AUGAGCGGCUUGCAUUCCACGAUGAAUGUCCAGCUCGUGCGUGUGAACCCCGACUAUCCAGAAAUGCCUUUUCGGUGCCAUGGUGUCGGGGUCACGGACGACGCGACGAGCGCGCUGGAUUAA